AGCGGGCGGACAAUUUAUUAAUUAUCAAGUUUGACAAUAAAUGAAGCAAAUACCCCAACUUCAUCUAGCGAAGCAGACGAUUCUGUAAAUAGCAGUAUACCCACCUCAAUUACAACUGCCAUCCCCCCUUUAAUAAGCCGGGAUAUAAGCCAAAAUGAGGCGGCUUAGGAAAAAUUGAGGAGCCCCUCCUUUUUCGGCUUUACCCCUUACAAAAUAAAGGGAUGUCCUCUCGUCUAUCCACCCCCAUAACUCGGACUAGGAUUCUGUCCCCCUAGUUUCUAAAACAUCCCGUGUAAAAGAGGGAGCCAAGGAAUAAGGAACAAUGAUCUACUCGACCCUCUUCCUAAGCGCGGCGCUGGCCUCGAAGGCGUCAGCAGCAUGCACACGCGAGCAGCUCAUCGCAGCAACGGACGCGUACAUCAAGGCGCAAGCGGCAGGAGACCCGGCGCUACCUGCUCUCGCGGAGAACGUGACGUACCUGGAGAACGACGCGCCGACGGACAUUACGAAGGGGGUGUUGAGCCAGGCGAUCACGAUCGACUUCAACCGCAGCCUGCACGACAGCGUCGAGUGCGCGACCUUUACGGAGAUCUCGGCCGCAACCAAUAAGGCGCCCUACGUCAUCGCCACACGCAUGCUCUUCACUGACGACAAGAUCACUACUAUCCAAUCCGUUGUCGCGAAUGACGGGGACUGGGCUUUCAAUGCUACAGGUCAGCUGUACUGGACUAAGACGGAGACUUGGGAUGUUAUUCCCGAGGACAAGCGUGAUGCGAGGGAUGUCAUUAAGGCGGCGGGUGAUGCGUAUCUUGAUAGUUGGGGUGAUGGCACGGUCAAGGUGCCGUAUGGUACGCCGUGCGCGCGUCUCGAAGGCGGGUCUUACACGGGCGCUGGCGGACGGGCGUCGGCCAACACGUGCACGAUGCCACAGUUCCCGUCGGCAUUCAAGAUCGAGAACCGGAGAUACGUGAUCGAUGAAGAAGUUGGCGGAUUAGAUAUCUUCAACGACUUCCCGUUCAUCGAUGCUGCUAAGCCAGACGGGACCGCAAGUACCAACUUCUUCAGGGUUGAGGCGGGUAAGAUCAGAUACAUUCACGAAACUACUAUUUGCACGAACCGAAACUGUGGAAGAUAAGAGUUUGAAGGGGAUGAGGGAAGGGAGUCGUAGGAAUAUGAGAAGUAAGGGAAGACUGGUUCUUGAGGGGACGGUGUUGUUUAGCUUUCUAUACUGAUAACUCACUAAAUUCUAACGGUUUCCCAAU